AUGGUCUCUGACCAAAACACAAACACGGAGUACCGUCUGCGCUGGAGACUGUCGUAUAGAGUGUACACACUGAUGGAGCGGUACGAGACCCUGGCUUCGGUCGGAGAGGGCAGCUACGGCUCCGUAAUGAAGUGCCGCCACAAAGAGAGCGGGCGCCUCGUCGCCAUCAAGAAGUUCCUGGAUUCAGACGAGGACCUAGCCGUGAAGAAGAUCGCCCAGAGAGAGGUCCGGCUGCUGAGGCUCCUCCGUCACGAUAACCUGGUGAACCUCCUGGACGUGUGGAAGCGGCGGCGACGCUGGUUCCUGGUCUUUGAGUUUGUAGAGCGCACUCUGCUGGACGAACUGGAACUGCACCCGAAGGGACUCGAACUACAGACCUGCAGACAACUGCUGUUCCAGAUCCUGAGGGCCACAGCCUUCUGCCACCAGCAAAACGUGAUCCAUCGGGACAUAAAGCCGGAGAAUGUCCUGAUCUCUCAGGGGGGCGUGGUCAAACUGUGUGACUUUGGCUUUGCUCGCAUCGUGGCGUCUGAAGGCGGAGCUUACACGGACUAUGUGGCCACGCGCUGGUACCGCCCCCCGGAGCUGCUGGUGGGAGACGCGCACUACGGAAAGCCUGUGGACGUGUGGGCCAUUGGCUGUCUGCUGAUGGAGAUGCUCAGUGGUCAGCCGCUGUUCCCUGGAGAGUCGGACCUGGACCAGAUCCACCACAUCGUGCAGUGUUUUGGUGAUCUGACUCGUCAUCACCAGCAGCUGUUCCACUCUAACCCUCUGUUCUCUGGAGCCCGUCUGCCUCAGUGUCCACGACCGGUCCCUCUGAGCCAACGCUUUCCCGAGCUGUGUCCAUGGGCACUCGGGCUGGCAGAGAGCUGCCUGCGGAUGGAGCCGGAGCUCAGGCCUCACUGCUCGGAGCUGUUAGAACAUCAGCUCUUCACUCACGACUCCUUCAACAUCAGAUUUUCCGAGGAGCUCAUUGCAAAGAUCCAGAAGCAUCACCGUGAAAAUUCCACACUGCCCAAGAUCCCCAAAGCCCAGAGAGCAGGCAGAGACGACCCAGAGAAAGACCGCAGACUUCAGCGACUUCCAGAGAACUUGGAUGAAAAAGGAAGAGCGAAGAAGGACAAGGACCCCCCCGACGACAAGACCAAAGGCGGGAGACAAGCAAAGCUUCCCAAACCCCAUCAGAACCCCCCAGAGGCCUCCACCAAGUUCGCUAAGAAUGCAGCCCCCCACCACAACUGUCCUGAGAAGGCAGCAAAGGCAGCAAAGAUCACAGAAGCCAAGGACAAUGCUCCAGAACUGUCCAACAAGUCCAAUAAGACCACAGCAGUCAUUCACAAUGCUCCAGAGACGUACGCAAAGGCAACGAAGGCUACGGGAGCACAUCAAACCGCCUUGGAACAGUCCAUCAAAUCCACAAAGAGCACAGCAGGUAAGGACAUGUCCCUGGGCACGUCCAACAAGCAGACAAAAGGUACUUUACCCAAUCAAACAGCUCAAGAAGGGUCCAACAAGCAGAUGAAAGGUACUUUAGCCAAUCAAACAGCUCAAGAAGGGUCCAACAAGCAGACGAAAGCACCUUUACCCAAUCAAACAGCUCAAGAAGGGUCCAAUAAGCAGACGAAAACCAUUGAAUUCAACAAGAAUGCUUCAGAGAUUCCAUCCAAGGUGGCGAAGAUCACAGGAGUCGAUAAAAACAGCCCAGAAAUGUGUCCCAAGGUCUCACAGAUUGCAGAAACCACGGAUUAUGCUUUAGGAUUGUCUCCUGGUUCCCAGAAAACCACUGAAACUAAGGAUAAGGCUUUGGAAAUGUCUCCAAAGCCGUCCAAGAUCAUUGGAACCACAGAGAUUGCUUUAGGGAUGUCCACAAAUACAGCAGAGGUUGUCAAAAUUAGUGAGAACCCUUUGGAUAUGUCUCCUAAGCUUUUCAAGACCACUGGACUGAAGGACAAUGAAGAGGUGUCAGAAAACCCUUUAAAGCCAAAUGGAACUAAGGAAAACUAUUCAGAAAUGUUUCUCAAACCCUCUACCUGUGGAACCAAAGAUGACCCUUUAGGACUGUCCAAGAAGUCCUCAAAGCUCAUUGAAGGCAAUAACAACACUUUGGAGAUUCCCACCAAGAUGGCAAAGAUUACAGGAGCCAAUAAAUACAAUCUACAAAUGCCUCUUAAGAUGUCAAAGAUCACAGGAACCAUGAACAACGCUUCAAACUUGUCCAUCAAGACAACCAAGAUCACAGAAGCUACUCAGAACUCUUCAGAACUUUCCACCAAGACCUCAAAGACCACAGAAGCCAAAGAGAAUGUGACAAAAAACGCUUUGUCCAUCAAACCUCAACUCAACAACCUAAUGGUUAAAACUAAAGCCAACAGAGUGCCUUCGCCUGAACACAAACACGGCAAUCCCAGCUCCAAACCUUCGAGAGUCCUUCAGCAGGAGCAGAAGGCUGUGAGGAGCUUUGUGAAGAAGGCCGCACACGUUUCAGAGGCUCAGAGUAUUACAACAAGCUUCAAUGUUCUCAACAGCACUGGAGAACUGGUCAUGUUGGACGUGGCGAGUGAUCUGCAGAGAAGCCAUUCAAAUGUGACGCAUCAAUUGGCGAAAAGUCGAGAUGAAGCCAGAAACACAGCCCAAAACAGUGAGAUGGAACGGUCUUCAAAGUCGAGUCAGACUCUGGAGAGUUGCACGUCCAAGAAGAGCGAUCCUUCACCGAAUCCAAAUAUGUCUAGUCAGAGUCUGGAAGAGUCUUUGUCCAAACUCGUGGAUUUGAAGAGUGUCAGAUUGUCGUCUCCUGCUCAGAAUCAGUCGAAGAUCUCACUGCAGUCUUUGUCCAAAGCUCCCAAACAUGACCAGGAAGAUCCAAAUUGUCUGAGGAUUAAAGCUCUGACCUGUAACUUUCUCCUGCAGCGAGGAGCAAGGGUAGCAUCAGGAAACCGCAGCAGACAUCUGAAAGAAGAUAAUUCGCUGUUGAAGGGGGAGGAGCUUUCACAGGAUCUAACAUUUGUGUCGAAGGGACUGAAGGAAACGCUAGAACAGGACUCUAAGAUGGUCGCCGCAUGGGACUCUACAAUGUACUCUAAGAAUGUCCCUACACAGGACACUGAGAUGGCCUCCUUGGCAGUCUCCACGUCUCACCUGUUGGAUCCUCCCACCCCUCCAUCAGACCACGCCCCCUACAAUACAUUCAGGUGA